GCAGCAGCAGCAGCAGCAACAACGACAACAACACCAGCCACAGCAGCAGCAGCAGAGGGAGCAGCAGCAGUCACAGCUAUAUCCUAGUGGUAUCCACAGGGAACGCAGCAGCAUUAUCAGUCACUCUACAGGUGGCCCUACUGUUUCUGCUUCUGCUGCUGCGGUUGCUGCACCUAGUAGUGUUGCUGGUGCAGCUGCAUCUGCUGCUGCUGCUGCUGGUGCGGCGGCUGCUCCUGUCUCUAGUGCCUGUCGUGCUGAUGCCACCACCACCACUACUGCUACCACCACUGCUGCAGCUUCUGCCACUGCUGCCGCCACUGCUGAUGCUGCUGCUGCUCCAGCCACAGCAAGGGUGCGGACCCAACCCGAUCUGGCAAAUCCUUUGCUGCUGCAGCACAAGAGACUGUUGGAAGUCCUCGCGCAAAGUGAGUUGCAACAGUUCGCGGCAUCAUGUAGGGAGAGGGUGGAAGAAGCGGCGCUGAGGGAGAGGGUGGAAGGAGCGGCGCUGAGGGAGAGGGUGGAAGGAGUGGCAGCACCUGCAAGCGCAGAGGGGGCUAGAGUCAGCCAGCCUUGGACGAUUGCGGAGAUGCUUCUUCAGCCUCAGUCCCUGCAGCAGCAGCAGCAGCAGCAGCAGCAGCAGCAGCAGCAGCAGCAGCAGCAGCAGCAGCACAGCACAGCAGCAGCAGCAGCAGCACCAGCUCCAGCACCAGCAGCACCACAACGAGCAGCAGCACCGCAACCAGCAGCAGGAGCAGCAGCAGCAACACCACCACCACCACCACCACUACCAGCAGCAGCAGCAGCAGCAGCAGCAGCAGCAGCAGCAGCAGCAGCAGCAGCAGCAGCCAGCAGAGCAGCAGCAGCAGCAGCAGCAGCAGCACCACAACAACCACCACCAGCAGCAGCAGCAGCAGCAGCAGCAGCAGCAGCAGCAGCAGCAGCAGGCAGCAGCAGCAGCAGCAGCAGCAACCACCACCACCACCACCACCACAAUCAGCAGCAGCACCAGCACAAGCACCACAACGAGCAGCACCACCACCACAAACAGGCAGCAGCAGCCAGCAGCAGCAGCAGCAGACUGAUUCUGCACAUGGGGCGUCAAGCCAUGGAGGAGAAUUCAGGGAGGCAAGACCAGGUGGUGGAGAGGGUUCUGGAGCGGAAGCUAGAACAGCAGCCGAGCCUGCAGCAGCAGCUGCUCUACUACUACCAACAGCAGCAGCAGCAGCAGCAGCAGCAGCAGCAGCAGCAGCAGCAGCAGCAGCAGCAGCAGCAGCAGCAGCAGCAGCAGCAGCAGCAGCAGCAGCAGCAGCAGCAGCAGCAGCAGCAGCAGCAGCAGCAGCAGCAGCAGCAGCAGCAGCAGCAGCAGCAGCAGCCUCAGCAGCAGCAGCAGUGGCAACAGCAGCAGUGGCACCAGCAAGCCCAGAAGCUUCAGGUGGUUUCUCAGGUGCAAACAACAGAGGAGCUGCAGGCUCAGAUCCAGCAGCUUCUAACAGGGCUCAACCGAUGCACACCCCGCACUGGGUGGGGAAGCAGACGGAGCAACACAGCAUGGAAGGCGGCUGUGGAAACAGCGGAGGCAGGGACAUCAGUCGGGACGGCAGCAGUGGCACCAACAGGAGCAGUGGCACCAGCAGCAGCAGCAGCAGCAGCAGCAGCAGCAGCAGCAGCAGCAGCAGCAGCAGCAGCAGCAGCAGCAGUGGCACCAGGCACACCAGCAGCACCAGCUGCAGUGGCACCAGCAGCACCAGCAGCACCAGCAGCACCAGCAGCACUAGCGGCACCAGCAGCACCAGCUGCACCAGCAGCACCAGAAGCACCAGCAGCGCCAGCAGCACCAGCAGCACCAGCAGCACCAGCGGCACUAGCGGCACCAGCAGCACCAGCAGCGCCAGCAGCACCAGCAUCACCAGCAGCACCAGCAGCACCAGCAGCACCAGCAGUACCAGCAGCACCAGCAGUACCAGCAGCAGCAGCAGCAGCAGCAGCAGCAGCAGCAGCAGCAGCAGCAGCAGCAGCAGCAGCAGCAGCAGCAGCAGCAGCAGCAGCAGCAGCAGCAGCAGCAGCAGCAGCAGCAGCAGCAGCAGCAGCAGCAGCAGCAGCAGCAGCAGCAGCAGCAGCAGCAGCAGCAGCAGCAGCAGCAGCAGCAGCAGCAGCAGCAGCAGCAACUAAGGGAGAGACGAUCUGGAAACACGCAGGGAGAGCACGGAGUGCUGGGAGUGUAGGGAGUGCAGGGAGUGCAGGGAGUGCAGGGAGUGCAGGGAGUGCAGGGAGUGCGGGGAGUGCAGGGCAUGCAGGGAGUUCAGGGCGUGCAGGGAAAGCAGGGAGUGCAGGGCAUGCAGGGAGUGCAGGGCGUGCAGGGAAAGCAGGGAGUGCAGGGCGUGCGGGGAGUGCAGGGAGUGCAGGGAGUGCAGGGAGUGCGGGGAGUGCAGGGCAUGCAGGGAGUUCAGGGAGUGCAGGGCAUGCAGGGAGUGCAGGGCGUGCAGGGAGUGCAGGGAUUACUGGGAGUGCAGGGAGUGCUGGGAGUGAAGGGAAUGCAGGGAGUGCAGGGAGUGCAGGGAGUGCUGGGAGUGCAGGGAGUGCAGGGAGUGCAGGGAGUGCUGGGAGUGCUGCGAGUGCAGGGUGUGCAGGGCGUGCAGGGCGUGCAGGGCGUGCAGGGAGUGCUGGGAGUGCUGGGAAUGCAGGGAGUUCAGGGCGUGCAGGGCGUGCAGGGCAUGCUAAGAGUGCAGGGAGUGCUGGGAGUGCUGGAAGGGCAGAGAGUGCAGGGAGUGCUGGGGGUGCAGGGGGUACUGGGAGUGCAGGGAGUGGGAGUGAGGGGGACUUGCAAGUGACAGCAGCAUGCCAUGGAUACAUCCAGGCAAUGCCACUGGCAGAGAUGGUUGCAGUGUAGAGAUGACUUCCGAGUCAGAUCAAAAGGCAUGCGUAGAACACGCUUCAGCUGUUGAAAGGAGCACCACACCACACCACACCACACCACACCACACCUCACCACUACUAGCAUGUGCUUGUCAGAUCUCGAGCUGAAUAAUCGGCAUGAGUAUUA